ACCGUGUAUAAUGCGGAAGUCAGCCUGUGACUACAGGUGUGUAGGAAUCUUGAAACCAUGUUUGACAGCAGCCAGGUGAGCAGCUGAUAUGGACGCGAAGGCGAAUGUUAUAAGGUCGUUAAAGAAACACGACAUCGGAGACGAGUUUUCACACGUGUCCUCUUUUCCAAAAGCGUCAGUCCUGAUCCCCCUGUUCGUGAGAGAGGGUCGGGUCCACGUGCUCUUGACUGUGCGCUCUACUCAACUCAAACACAAUCCCGGAGAGGUGUGUUUUCCGGGGGGGAAAUCCGAUCCACAUGAUCAGGAUGAAAUUGACACAGCGCUGAGGGAGGCGCUGGAAGAGAUCAGCCUUCCUCCUGAUGGAGUAGAAGUGGUUUGCAGACUCUGUCCACUGUUGAAUCAGAGAGGUCUUCUGGUGACCCCAGUGGUGGCUUUUAUCAGCGACUCCUUCCAAGCAAGCCCAAACCCGGAUGAAGUGAGCGAGGUGUUCUCUGUGCCUGUGGAGUGGUUCUUAAAUGAGAAGGAUCACUCUGCUUACCCAGUACCCAACAUUGGUGAAUAUACACACAGUUUCAUCUACACUGACCCUGUGACAGACAAGACCCACCAGAUCUGGGGAAUGACAGCCUUUCUAAUCAUACUACUGGCUGUUCUUGUGUUUGAAAAAAAGCCAGAGUUUGAAGUGGGCUUUGAUUUGGAGAAUCUGAUUGUUAACUUUCGGCGAUACCUUCAACACAAGUUAAGCAAGUUAUGAUUAGUUAAAUUUAGUAGCUGAAACUUGUGAACUUCUUGCGUUAUUCUGGUCGGAUUUGGGGUGGAUUUUGAUCAUAGAAACUUUGUCCAUGAUGCACAAAAUCACACACACAUUAAUGUCUCGUGGCAAUGUAGCAUAGCCAAACCACCUGCAUUCAGGUUUUUAAGGUGAGAGACAAGUCAACCAAAGGAUUCAAAUUAGCCUGGACUAUUUUAAAUUGACACCGUUCAUUUGCAUGAAACAUCGGCUUCGUUCCAAAAUCCAUAUGACCAAAAUGUAUGAGUAGAUCAUGAAAAAACAAACAAACAUAAAUAAACUCAAAUAUAAUUUCUAAAUAUAAUCUAGAAUUACAAAAACUGACAAAUGCUUGAAUAACCUCACAUAUUAUAUCACUAGAGCAUGUGUACUGUAUGAAGUAGCAUUAUAAAUGCACUUUUAUUAAUUAUUAUUAAAAGCUUAUAAAAGAUAUGAUGUUUGGAAUGAAAUGUAAUUGAAUUAAAUAAUAUUACAUGCCAAGCCUUCUAUCCCAGUGAUGUAAAUAUUAUGUUAAUCAUAUUCUAAUGGUGGACUGUGUCUGUAAAACGAAGUUUGUUUCAGAAAUAAAGUGCACUUAUUAGUCUG